AGUAAAUAUAUUUUUGUAUAAGAAUCGAAAUUAUUCAUUUCCAAAAGUAAAGUGUCCUUAGUUCCCUGUGAAAUUAUCUUAAAUUUUCAAGACCCUUUCCCAAAUUUUAGAAACUUUUCGCAACUUGCACAUUUGUAGCCGCAAAAGGCUUUACUGCAAAAGGCUUAAGUCGGAUUUAACUCUGGCAUUAAAAGUUAUACCUAGUUGAUCCAGCAACGUAUCGGAUAGAUAACACCACGUGAUCAUUGCAUGAUGGUAUUUGCUGUCAACAUCGCGAACAACUAUUUGCUUUCACGAAGUUUAGUUCUCGAACGUCGUUGGUUAUUCUGGGAGUAUUUCAAUUCAGUACCGUUAGUUGAUUAAAGUAAUUUUACUCCGUCUAAACUAAAUUAAACUAAACUUAAUAUCAUGAAGUUACAUUUAAUUAUUUUCCUUUGAUCUUUGAACGUAUUGUUUUAACGUGUCAGUAGUCGAACAACUUGCUGAAGACUAAAGCAAAUGUUUAAUAGAACUCGACGACGACAUGUUAAAGUCAUAAACUCGUACUAACUUAACCCUUUGAACGCUAAGCCUAUCGUGCUCGGCACCUUAUCGAGAGCCUUGUCGGGAAGCACGAAGGUUGACAUUGGGUUGUAGUUACACGCUUCAGUUGACGUCUUUGGCGGCAAAGAACAACUAAUAAGUUAAUUAAUAAUGAAUUGGGGCGGAUGGGCGGUACCUGUCUCUCGGCGGGACGAGUAAUUAUAUCACAGCCCUUAAUUACCUCAUUAGUAAAUAAUACAGCUACGUCGCAUUUGGAAUCACUGCCCGAUGUCUUACUUCAUUUAAUAGCCGCCUUGGUCUUUGUUCGCCCGUGAUGAGAGUGUGGGCACGCCGUAAAAGCGCGACGCUUGCCGGCGCCUCUGUGGUUUCACUCCUGCGCACACUGAGAUGGUGCGGAUUCUGCCGGCUGCCCCCCUCGGCAGCAAGCGGACCCCAGACCUCCCUCCUCACUAGCAUCGCACGCGCAACGCAUGACGUCUACUGUGGCUUCGCGCUUGUGGUAACCUCGACGUAUCUGGUCCAAGAGCUCAUCUACGCUUAUCUGGAGCGUGGCGAUAUGGACACGCUGGCGCGUGUGAUGUUCCUUCUACUCUGUCACGUGACUUCUAUUGCCAAGCAGAUCGUCUUCAUGGCCCGCGCAUCCCGCAUCGCCAAGCUCGUACAAGACUUUGAUGAUAUGGCAUAUAAUCCGGAAGAGACAACAAGAGAAAAUCUGCUGAUAGAAAGAGCGCAAGGAGCGUCGCGGCUUGGAGCGGUGUACGCAGGAACUGCAGCGCUAACCUGUGCCUUGUGGACUAUUUUUCCAUUCCUUGCGCGCUUGGGCGGCACACGCGUAAUUUUCGCACUUUGGGUACCCUUUGGUUAUUACUCCUGGCCCGAGUUCCUUAUUGUUCUCCUGUACACGUAUUACGUUACCUCGUUGGUUGGGAUUGCUAAUACCACUAUGGAUGCCUUUAUAGCCACCAUACUCGGACAGUGCAAGACUCAGCUAACCAUACUGAAAAUGGAUUUUGAGUCGUUGGCAGAGAGGGCAAACGAACGGGCACGUGAAACUGGAGAACAAGUAGGCGCGGCAGCGACAGCACUCCUCGUUCGUUGUAUUAAGCAUCACCAUAAGAUUUGCGACACGUCACGCGAGGUGCAAGCGAUCUUUGGCGGAGCAGUGUUGCUACAGUUUGCUAUUGGCGGUUGGAUUCUUUGUAUGGCAGCUUAUAAAAUUGUCGGCCUUAGUGUGGCCUCUUUGGAAUUUGUCUCUAUGGUGAUGUUCCUAAUGUGCAUACUUACCGAGCUCUUUCUUUACUGUUAUUAUGGAAACGAGGUUGCUGUAGAGAGUGCACAAGUUAGCGAUGCGGUGUACGGGAUGGAAUGGGUCGGGCCAAAUGGGGUCGGGAAAGAAGUACGGCGCGCCUUGCCCUUUGUUAUAUGUUGUAGCGUCGGCGCCGCCCGUCGCCCUCUACGCCCCGCUGCAGUGUUCAUCCCGCUUUCGCUUGAGACUUUCGUCACGAUUAUCAAGUCGUCGUACACAUUCUACGCGAUGCUGAGACAGACUCAACAUUGAUUUCACCGUGAAUGGACAAGCAGUCACCAAGCAUCACUAGCGAUAGUUUUUUAGUCAGCUUAUAAAGGAUAUAGAAUAGAAUAAACAUUAUGAAUAUUUAAAA